CAUCGAUCCCCGCCCACGCGUGUGGAGGAGCAGAGUGCACGAGCCCGGUCGGACCGGCAUGGCGACGUGAACGCCACCAGCGGCCUCCGGCGAUGCCGCGAUGGCCAGAGAGGUAACGCCGAGCGCCCCGUCGCUUGCGUAACGAUGGAAGUUAGAGGAAAGAGGCCUUUCAAGAUAUGGGACAGCUCUCGCAACGUGAGGAAGGGACUGGUGGUCACUAGUUUCGAGGAGCUUAUACACAGAGGAAAAGAGAAGCUCUCAGUAUCAGCGUCAGAGCCGGUGCGACUGGUCCUCGAGAGCGACGGCACGCAAGUAGAGGACGGGGACUACUGGAGAACACUACCCCCCAACACCGUCUUACUCCUGCUCAGGCCGGGCGAGAGGUGGUACCCCACCGGCGUCGACGUCAUCAAGGCUGCGAUAUCAGCGAUCCCAAAGAUAGUAUGCGAGACAAUCCACGCCCUCGAGCUACACGAUGAGACGCCCUCAUGGAAGAUCAUGGACAACAAGGGGCGCGUCACGGUGGUGCUGCACUGGGACCAGCGGCCGCAGGCCUCGCCGGCCGCGCGCUCGCCCUCGCGCCAGGCCAAGCCGGACCGCCGGCCCUCGCUCGUCAUCCAGACCUCGCUGGACCGCGCGCAGCCGCCGCCGCCGCACAUCACCGUCGUCAACCACGACGAGCCCGGGCCGGCGCGCGCGCGCCUGGCGCGCUCCGGCGGCUCGCUGGAGCACGCGCCGCCCGGCGCCGUGCACGUGCACACCGCCGAGUGCUCCGCGCCCGGGCCCCCGCCGCACCACGCGCACGGCCCGCACUCCCCUCGCCCGCCGCCCGACGAGUGUGACUUCCACUGCUGCGCUCUUCACGAGGAAGGCCGCCGUAUAGCCGUGCACAAGAGCGUAGCCACCUCCCCCAUCCAGGACGCCCAACCCCGAGCCUCCCCCCAGGGCCGCCCUAAAGGUCACGUGCGAUUUCUCGACGCGGAGUCCGCCCGCCGCGGCGAGCGCGACUCCAGUGAAAGCGAAACCGAGAAUACUCUAGUCGAGGACGAGGCCGUCACCUCCGAGAAGUUCCUCCUCCUCAUAGACCAGCUCAGCGUCGACCAAAAACGCCAUCUCACCAUCAAAGACAUAGGUAUCAUCCUAGAGCGGCUCAGCUCGAAGAUCCUCGACGUGGAGCGGCUCGACCGCGAGUCCGAGUCCGACGACUGCUACAACUGGACGAUCAAGGCGACGAUACGCGGCGACGCGCUGCGCGAGCUCGGGGUCAUCUACAACGGCAACUACUACGCGAUCAGCGAGCACCCGGGCUACCGGGACGAGAACGAGGAGGCGGGAGACGAGGCGGAGGAGGAGGAGGAGGAGGACCGGCUCUGAUCGGGCCUGUGCGGCGCCGCCGUGCCCGCCGCCGCCGCCGCCGUGCGGCUCGUCUGCCGCAUCGCCGCGCGCUGACCGCGCACCGCGCCGCCGCACGC